AUGUUCGUUAGAGCGCAAGUUCCAAAAAGUAGAACUUCAUUAACUCCGCAGAAUUUCAAACCAAUUUGCAUCGAAUAAAGGGGAGAUUGUACCCCCACUAGAAGCAAUAACAUUAGUUACUAUGAACACAGUGUUCUCAUUCAAGAACCAUCUCAAUAAUCCCUAUAAAAUUAUACUGGAAGAGUUGAGGAGAAACUACAAAAGAGAGUUAUCAAUUCUAGUGCCUCUAAUUUGAGAAGCAGAUACGUUUCAGACAAGGAAAAUUUAGUGAGGGUUCCAGGACAAUCCUUCUGCGGGAAUCAACCUUCAAAUAAGGAGUUGUAACAAGUUAUAAACAACAUUAAAAAGUAAAAGGAAGACAUCUGUUACACCCUUUCUGAGACACUUAAAAAAAAUACUGUAAUUCAGGAAUAAAUUGAAACUGUUAACAAGGAAAUGGAACAAUAGUCUCUAAAUUAUUAAUAAAGUUUGGAUGAAUUCAUGAAUGAGUUUAAUGAACUAUCUUACAAAAUAUCGUAGUUAGAGGAACAGAAUAGUAAACUGUUUGAACAAAAUGAACAUCAGAAAUGGUACUUAUAACAGAUUUAAUGUUAAUCUUCAAGAUUUAAUUAAACUCAUAAUUUUGGAACAGGUUGA